AUGCCACCAAGGAGAUCACACAAGAAAUCCAAAGCUGGAUGUCAAAGAUGCAAGCACAGAAAGAUCAAGUGUGAUGAAAAACAUCCGCUGUGUGGAAAUUGUCAAAAACAUGGCGUUUCCUGUGACUUUGGUGAAAACUCCUCAUCACCUGAUUCAUCAACUUCACAACCUUCAACCUUACUUUAUCAAAAUUCCGAAGAUUCUAUCAUCAAUUUCUCAUCACCUGCUUCUACCAGUUCUUCGAUAAUGCCAUUCUAUUCAUCGCCUACAGAGAUGAUCAGGACCCGUGUGGAUCCAGUAUUUGAUCGAUCACUUGAGCUCAAGCUUAUGCACCAUUAUACGGCAACGACCUCGAAAACGUUAUCUAAUGAUGAAAGUCAGGAUGUUGCUUGGUCGAUAAACGUGCCAUCACUCGCUUAUGAUUCACCAUUUCUAAUGGAUGCUAUUCUUGCUGUGUCUGCUUUACAUCUACGUAUAUUGCAGCCCGAAGAUCGAAGUCUCGUACGCGCAUCACAUAGCUAUAUGGCUUCAGCUCUUGCUCAGUAUUCUUCCCUUUUGAACCAAGGACCAUCCGAAUGCAAUGCAGAAGCACUUUUCUGUACCGCCGCUCUCAUUGCCUUUCAAGCAUCAGCAUCUCGUUGUGUCGAGAAUGCAAUUGACAGUGAUUCCGAAAACGGUUACGUCCUACCACUCGCUUGGUUUCAUUCCUUUCAAGGGGUGAAGACAGUCGUCAUAACCUCCUGGCAGUGGUUACGGAACUCCCAAAAAAUAUUUCCUAUUAUUAAUGGCCAGCCUCCAUUAUUACUAGAUCUUGAUCCUGAACGUCGGGGUUUCUUUGCUCCUUUACUUGAAGGAAUCGAACACGGAUCAACUUCAGAUAAUGCCUCCCUGGAUGCGGAUUCAAAGCAGGCAUGCGAACAUGCCGUGGCCAUGCUUAACUGGGCGCAUCAAAAACCCGAGCGAGCUCGAAUUGUUGGUUUUGCGGCCACCGUGUCACGUCGCUAUAUUGAGCUCAUGCGGGAACAGGAUCCUCGUGCUCUAGUCAUUGCGGCAUGUUUCUUCGCCAUGACACGCAUUGUUGAUGAUAUCUGGUGGCUUCAAGGCGUCGCCAAGAGAGAAGUGACAGGAAUCUUCAGUUUAUUACCGGAAGAGUGGUGGCCAAAAAUGGACUGGCCAAUGCGAAUCGCCCACUUCGAAGGGAAGCUCGAUGAGGAUACCUGGGGUUUUUGUUGGCAUACUGAUUCUGAGGGCACGUCAAAGCCGGAAGAACGGUCCAAUGGCAAUCUCAUUUCACAUAUCGAUAUGUUGGCGCAAAUUUUGAAUCAAACCGCACCACCACCAGAUUGA